AUGGCCAUUUUUUCUCGUGCCCAAAAAAUUUAUCAUGAAUGGCAUUUCCGUUCUUGUCUCGACUCUUUGGAUACUCCUGCUCUCGCUCUUCCUUCUCAUCCUACCCCAAGGAGUAUACGUGUCUCUUGGUCGCCCCCCCCUAGUGUUAUUAAAAUAAAUUUUGAUGGUUAUGUUCGGGAAGGUUCAGGGGUUGUAGGCAUUGUUCUAAGAGAUCAUUUAGGAAAUAAUGUUUGUAGUCGUUCUUUUAAUAUUGGUAUGAGUACUCCUCUUAUUGCAGAAGCUACGGCCCUUCGUAAUGGUCUUCUUUUGGCGCAGGCCCAUAAUAUUUCAAAAGUAUUUAUUGAAGGGGAUAAUUUUCUUAUUAUUAAUAUUUUGCAGGGGAAGGCUCAGUGCCCGUGGAAAAUACAGCUACUGAUGAAAGACGUCAAGAAGCUGAUUCGAAAUUUCACUUAUGUUGAUUCGUGCCACAUUUAUAGAGAGGGUAAUAGAGCAGCACACUUUGUUGCUUCUUUGGGCCAUUUUAUGCAAGCUCACCAAGAUAUCGAUCCGUUCAUAGACAGGGAGUACCGUAGCUGGUGGUUUUGCGGGCUGCUCUACUUGUGGUUGUUUGGUGGAUGGUGGAGCAGGGGAAGCGGAACAACUGAGUUUGUGGGGUGUGCGGUGGUUGUGAAGGCUGUAGCAGCUCGGUUGUUGUGUGAUGUUUCAUGA